AUGGGCAAGAGCUCCGGCGGCGACUUGAGUGACUUUGCGAUACGGGGCGUCUACGGAGAGCUCAUGGGUGAGAUGAGGAUUCUUAAUCCCAUGGAGACGGUCAUGUUGGAAUUUGUGUGCUGUCUGGCGGAUGAUGUUGCGCCCCAGGCGAAAGGGUGGGUAUUUUCACUUCCGCUUGUUUCGUGUAUUGGGUUAUGUUUGGAUGCUGAAUCUUUUCUGCGCAGGCAUUUUUUUGGGUGCAAGAACCUAGGAGCUACGGGCCAGCAGGUACUGGGGGCAGUUGAGCUUGUGAGAGAGAUUGCGAGACAGUUGGAUCUCAGCCGGCCUGGGGGUGGUGAUGAGUUUGGGUUCCUGGCCAAGGCUGAGACGUGGUAA